GUGAUAGAGGCGCGAAUAGAGUGAUAGAGGAACACUAAGUUCCGCCUGCCGCCGGUUUGCGAACUUGAUAAAGCUGAGGCCGCUCUUUCAGUAGCCCCGCUCGGGUUACAGAAAAAAAAAGAAACUUUCCUGAAGCCUCCAAAUCCAAAUUAUUACGUUGAAAUAUGUAAAAGUCUCUAACUCUAUCUCUCUCAAAGGCAUCGGCUUUGGCAUACUACUUCGUCAUCGGUUCAUGCAGAAGUCUCUCUUUCAGAAACAUACUGCUUCUAUGUAAGAUUAAAUCUUCAAACUUGACCAGGGAGGGUUAGACCUGAAAUACAUGACGAUCACCAUGACUUUUUUUUUGCUUUCAGUUUUCCUAUCAUGCUCUUCACUUUUGAAAAAACUUAGAAGUCUUGUGAUCGCCGCAAAGGUGAAAAAUGUAAGCAAGUUGAUGUCAUUGAGAUUCGUGACUACUAAAUCUAAGAAAUAAUUAAUCUGGGAGUUUGAGAUCUUCACAUGUUGAGGUUGAGAAGCGUGAACACCAUCAUGGCCGGCAACUGCUACGAAAUCACAUAUGGCAAACGCAAAGAAGCUUGAAAGGAUCACGAGAAACUUCGAAGGCGCUUCAAUCUUCGGGUCGUGCUUUUGUGGCUGAGCAUGCUUGUGCUCUGGAGUUUGGGCUUGAG